CCUUCAUUUGCCUCUUUUCCUUCUCCUUUCCUUACAAGAAACAAGGUUUGGUCUCUACAUUUUGUGGCCAUCCUCAUCAUUAGGCUGUCUCGUUUGAAAUCUGUCUGCCUUUCAUUCAUUGCAAACUCACUCCUUAUCUUCGUAGUUCCUCUUUCCUUCCAUCAGGCAUAACCCCACUUGGGUCUUCCUUCCUCUUCGAUUUGCCACCCAUCACAUCUUCUUUCCUUACUCAUCAUUGCAGGUGCUACAAGUUAUUGCACGAACGACCGCCUUCAAGCAUGUCGAAACUCGCAGUGACUCCCGUCAAUAAGUCCACAGGCCUCAUGCGCCGACAUCCUUCCAUUCGCGCUUCUGAUCGCUCACCUUUCGGUUCAAUUUCGGAAGGUGUGAAAGUCCAACUCCAUUACCUUCCCCCAACCGCGUUUAUUGUUGACCACAGUCCACCUACUUUUCAUCGUGCCGACACUGUCGGUGAACCCGAUCGAGAAGGUGCGAAGAUCACUCCCUUCCCUGACGAGCAAUCACUUCAGAUCUUCGAGAAUGCGAGAAUCAAGGUACAGGAUGAUGACCCAUUCGGCGCCGGACAUCGGCAGCUUUCAAAAAACAAAGGUCCAAAAACAUUUUCUUCAGUUGCUCCUGAAAGGAGCAGCCACUUUGGCUCUCGGGGAUCAAUAAGACCUCAGCUUUCCAACCAUCAUUCACAGGGCUAUCGUCAUUCGUCAGCCUCUGGACCCCGCGAUCUGCAACUAUUGCAACAGGUUUCGAGAUCAGCUUCGAUGGAGAAGAUGCCUCCUCCAAGCGAUAUCAUUCAACAGAAAAGAGAGCAUCUCUCUAACAACAAUCACACCAACCCACAUCUCGCCGUUCAAGGUCAUUCUGGCGUUUCCCGGCUUUCCCAGUCUGGUCGUGAUGUCUCCCAAUCCCACCCGCAAAUCGUCUGCCCAACCAACACCUUCGUGGAUGAUUGCCCUCAAAUCAUUGCGGAGCCUUCUCAGUACAUGUCCAGGGACUCAGAAACACUUGAUCAACCCCCAAACGUCACAGCGAGUCAACAGCGUGGGCAAGAGCUCAAUUUACAUUAUGAUAAGCAUUUUCACACCCCUACAACUAACCGUCAUCAGGUCGAGGCAAACAUUAAUCAUCCUGAUCAUUGUGGAUCCUCCAAUGUGGCUGGAACCCAUGGCCACGUUCAUCGACCGGACGCAUCUCUAGACGACGAGUUUGUCGCUAAAGGAUCAUUCCAAGGGCUCAUUUUUGAAGAUGACUCCAGUAUGACCGACUUUGACGGAACCGAACAGACUCCGAAGAGGACGCCCGAUAAACGACGCGCGAUGGAUAACGAGAGCGAAAAUAUCUUCAAUUUCACCCCUCGUGCCGAAGGUCACCCAAAUCCUAGGAAGAACAAGCGUUGCCGCUUCGUCAUUCCAAAGGGUUUCAGUGACCAUCUCACUAUUAUUAAGGGAGUUGAUCCACAAGAUAUUCUAUUCAAGCGUAUGAAGACCACUCAAGUGUUCGAUCAUGGAGGAAAGUGGACGGGUCCCAAUGAAAUCCUAGAAGGCCAAAUCAAUCAGUUUGAGAGCAUUAGGCGGCGUUGGGAAGGCUUUUUCGGUCGGCUUGAAGACCUUGUUCAGACCAAAGAUGCUGUUCUGCAGCACAAACAGGAAUUGACCAAGCAGUAUGCAGAUGCUGGUGAGCAGUUGGCCGAACAAUGCGACGAGAUUCAGCUGGCAACACGUCACACUCAUAAAAGGAGACGUAUUUGCAUUGCUUAAAGAUGGAAAGAGACGCGGAUAAUGCUGUCGAGUGAAGUGGAGCAGAAGACCGUACUACGUAAACUAUAACACCCGAAACUCUAUGUUGGUUACUUAUGCACAAGAUUU